AUGGUCAAAUCAAUUGCUCUCGCCCUGUCGCUUGCGACCUCUGUUCUUGCAGCACCAUAUCCCACGAACUCUUCAGCGUGGUCGGGAUGGAAAAACGUCAAGCAUUUCUUCGUCUUCGGUGAUUCCUACACCCAGACCGGAUUCGAUGUAAAUGGAACGCAGCCAAACCUCUCGAACCCUUUUGGGAACCCGCCAUAUCCCGGCUGGACAUCAUCAAAUGGCCCUAACUGGGUCGGUUUCUUGACAACUACCUACAACACCAGCGCCCUCCUUACUUAUAAUCUUGCUUAUGGCGGCGCAACUGUCGACUCCGCGCUCGUAACGCCUUACAAGCCAACUGUCCUUUCUCUAAAAGACCAAGUCACAACUGAAUUUCUCCCCACAUACGCAUCGCCCAAUGCAUCCUUGCCAUGGAUGCCCAGCUCCUCGCUUUUCGCCUUCUUCAUCGGCAUCAACGACGUGGGAAACAGCUGGUGGCUGAACAACGCCACUCUAUAUGACAGUAUCUUCACCGUCUACGCAGGACUGCUCGACCAAGUAUACGAAGCUGGCGCGCGGAACUUUCUGUUUCUCAGUACACCGCCGGUGAAUCUUGCGCCGUUGACACUGAACAAGGAUGACAACGGGUACGCGAAGGAGAAUGAGGGCAAGGUGAUUCUCGACUGGAACAAGCGUCUCAGCGCUCUGGCGGCUGCGUUCAAGGCGAAGAAUGAGGGCGUGACGGUUUUCGUGCAUGAUACCUGGGGUGUGUUUAAUGCUGUUAUCGAGGACCCGAAGAGCUUCGAACAGACUGCGGGACUGAAGAACGUUACGGGUUUCUGUAAGGCGUAUGCAAAUGGUACGCCUACUUGGUACACGAAAGAUCCUAGUUGCGAUUACCCCGUCAACGAGUACCUGUGGCUUAACGACUUGCAUCCUACGUUCCCGGUGCACAAUGCUACGGCUGCGUCUAUUGUAGAGUUGCUGAAGUGA